CGGCGUUGCUUUUGCGGCUCCACGUCGGCACCGGCUGCGGGGCAAGAUGGAGGCGCUGAUUUUGGAACCCUCCCUGUAUACUGUCAAAGCCAUCCUGAUUCUGGACAAUGAUGGAGAUCGACUUUUUGCCAAGUACUAUGACGACACCUACCCCAGUGUCAAGGAGCAAAAGGCCUUUGAGAAGAACAUUUUCAACAAGACUCAUCGGACUGACAGUGAAAUUGCCCUCUUGGAAGGCCUGACUGUGGUAUACAAAAGCAGCAUCGAUCUCUAUUUCUAUGUGAUUGGCAGCUCCUAUGAAAACGAGCUGAUGCUUAUGGCUGUUCUGAACUGCCUGUUCGACUCAUUGAGCCAGAUGCUGAGGAAAAAUGUAGAAAAGCGAGCUCUGCUGGAGAACAUGGAGGGGCUCUUCUUGGCUGUGGAUGAAAUCGUAGAUGGAGGGGUGAUCCUAGAGAGUGAUCCCCAGCAAGUGGUGCACCGGGUGGCAUUAAGGGGUGAAGAUGUCCCCCUUACAGAGCAGACCGUGUCUCAGGUGCUGCAGUCAGCCAAAGAACAGAUCAAGUGGUCACUCCUUCGGUGAAGACCUCGCUGUUCCCAGCUCCUCACCCCCUCAGAAAAUCCACGUCUGCUGUGACUUCUCAUCCAGGCCCCCAACUGAUGCUCUCAGGGUCAUCUCGGGGAUCACAGUGGAUGCUUACAUCUCCAUCCUGUCUGUGAUUGCCCCCCAAACCCCUACACACUUCCCCUUCCUUCUCACUCUCUUUUGCAGUUCUGGAAGUAAAGCUCCCAGCAGAUUUGGAUGCAGGGCAGGGGCAGCACCCUCUUCCUUUCUAGAAUGGACUAUGCUCCCAUGGUCUCCAGUCCCCCGUAUCUUCUCCUCAACUUCUGUGCCCUCUGCUGCAGCUACACUUCAGAUCAAAGCAGGAGAAAGAAUGUGCUGAGUGUUUUCCUCCCUUGCCUGUACCCGUCCUUCAUCCCCACAGCGCAUAUGUCCAGCAAGGGAGGGAGAGAGAAUUCUUUUCUGUAGAAUGAGUGGGGGUGAGGAGAGGUAUAUCCAGUCUCAUCCACAGCCCCAUUUACUGGCCUCUGCAUUUUCUCCCAUUCCUUCUUCCUGUCCUCUCCUCCAGCCCUGGAAAAAAGAUUGGGAACAGCUUGUAGGCAGGGGACAGAGUGGAAGGAGCAGUGAUUUAACUUUUAUUGGAUAGGGCUUAUAAAAUUCUGUAUUUCAGUCACAGCUGCAUUCUUUACCCUGAUCCUGGCUUAUAGCUUCAAAACUGCUGUGGUCUGUGGAGUGUUCGUUGUGGGAGUGUCCGUCUCUUGGUCUGCUACCUUAACUCUCCACCUUCGCUACCCGUGGGAUCUUUGCCUGGCGUGUCCUCUCCAUGCCCUGGAGCAAAGCCAGUCCCUGAACUAAAACUCCAUUCUAGUCUCAGGAAGAAGAGUUUCUGCUCAGAACUGGGGAGGGGUGGAAUUUAUGACUUGGGCCUCUGGGCUGUGUCAGUCUCCUUCGCUCCCUCACAUGCAUUUCACUCUUCUGCCCAGGGUCUGCAAUCUCUGCCACUUAACCCUCUCCUCUCUCCACCUGAGCCUGACAUCCAGGCGGUAGGGCUGGGCUCUUCCCCUCCCUAGGGCGCUGAGAGCUGCCUUUCUUCAGAAAACCUUUGGGGCUGGGAUUUCCCCAGGAAGGGGGAGCAUGGAACAUCCACUCUUGGGUCUGACCUUUCCCCUUGACCCAAAACUUCCCACAAAAAUGUCUCAAAAAACCUUCCUGACACUUAAGGGUUCUGCCCCACCCACUAACUGCCACUUCUCCAAGACUGACGUGGGCCGGAUAACUGGGCGUAUUUGAGGGCGUUUUUGGGUAAGAGAUGUAUGGAGUCAGGAGAUAGCCACCUUCAUAUACUGGUCUGUGCAAAGAGGAAUAAAACAGAUUUCUUUUUCCAAACUG